AAAUGGCCGCCGUUUGUUAGUUAGGCGUAAUUUUGGCGUGUUUGUCACCUUUUCAGCCGAAAUAAAGCCUCCAAAAGGAACAAAAAAAAUCGUCCAUCGCAAUGGCAGGAGCUGCGGAAGACUACAGCGAAUAUUUGGGCGCGAAAACAGUUCGGAUAGUUUCGGCAGAACAGGUGGAAAACUAUACGGUGUACAUAAUCGAGGUGACGUCAGGUACAAACACCUGGACAGUCAGACAUCGCUACAGUGAGUUCAGCGAGCUACAUGAAAAGCUUUUGUCAGAGAAGAAAGUGGACAAGAAUGCCCUUCCACCCAAGAAACUUCUGGGGAACAUGUCCAAGUCCUUUGUGGAGAAGAGACAGAAGGAACUGGAAGUUUAUCUACAGUUAUUGUUAGAAAAACACCAAGACUGCAUCCCCAAAGUUUUAGAACGGUUUUUAGACUUCCAUUUGUAUGAAAUUUUUGGUGUGACCCAUGCUUUGGCUGAGGAGCUCUUCACUAAAGGUGACAUGAUCCUGUCUGCAGGUGAAGUGUUCCACAUGACGCCCAUGCAGCUGCAUGCCAUCUCCACCAGGCUACAGAUGCCCAUAUCCCCAUGUCACUCAGAAGACGCUCGCAGUGACCUCAGCCAUGUCUUAGACUUUGUCUCCAAGUUGAAAUACCUCCAGGUAACUGGUUCUGAUGGCAAUCUUGGCAGCAGUAACAUCAACGUGAGCAGCCUGUCAUUUGAUAUGGCCAUGUUCAAAUGUCUACAGCAAGUACAGAUUAACCAGUGCAAUGCCCGACUGGUGACAGGACUGGACUCCCUUAAGAAGUCUUUAGCGACUCUGGGUGUGCAUCAGUCUACAACAACCAUCAAGGAUGUGCUGAUCCCAGCAGCCUCCUCCAUCACCCAGUGGAAGUCAGAAGAGGAGACUCAGGACUAUCUACUGUCCACGGUGGUGCCUGUCUGGGGUGUCAUCACUACCGCAGACUUCAGCCACAACCAGAUCAAACACAUCGACGAGUCACUGAAACUGAUUCCAAAAGUGGAGUUCCUCAGCCUGAGCCACAAUGUCAUCUCAACACUGGAUCACUUACAGCACCUGUCGUGUUUAACCCACCUGGACCUGUCCCACAACCACCUAACAACUGUGGAGGCCCUCCACACCAAGAUAGGCAACAUCAAGACCUUAAACCUGGCAGGGAACAAGCUGGAGACACUGGAGGGCCUGUCUAAGCUGUACUCACUUGUCACACUGGAUGUGGGACACAACACUAUCUAUCAGGUGUCUGACAUGAAGCAUAUCGGCACCCUGCCGUGCAUCGAGUCUGUCCUUCUGACAGGCAACCCUGUAACCAUGGUUACAGACUACCGCACCAAAGUACUGGCCGCUUUCAACGACAGGUCAAAAGAGGUGUGCUUGGAUGGUGAGCCCACAAGUCAGAAGGAACAGGACACAGUUGCAGUUCUACAAGCUAUACAGAAGGCAAAACUGGCAAAAGAGAAGGAUUCCAAGAGGCACCACAAGAAGCUGCAUGCUGCGUCCAUAGCGGACGCUGAUUCCGCCGACACGAGCUCCACUGCCUCCUCCGUCAGCCAAGGAGUAGAUGUGUUGUCCACCAGUGAAGAGUACUUACGGUUUGAAGUUGAGGCACUCCGACAACAGGGGGGAGAGAAUUGGUUGACAGCAUUCAACGUCAGGCAGGAGGAUCCACAGCCAUUGCUUCUCAGUCCGUCUCCUCGCCAGUCCCCAGCGUCAUCUCCAUCCACCAAGCGCCGCUCACAUUCAGGUCGUAGGUCACCAGCAAGGGCGCACCAAUCUCAGGGCAGCAAAUCAGCAGUUCCACCCACACAGCCACAGGACGUCCAGACGUCUGCCAACAUCUCACCUCUCGCACGGCCGACCUCUCUUCCACUACUGCAAAAGCCAGACCAGCCGGUAAUCACUGUGGACAAACCAAAGGAAACUCCUAAUUCAGCAACCCUAGGGAACGCUAAGUUUGCUGACUAUCUGAGACAGGUCAUCCACCAAAAACCAGGAGAAGCUGAAAAUCCACCAGAUGAAAGUGAAAAUUUUAUGCACAUUCUCUUCGCAGGUUGCCUCUCCAAAGAGAGCCCUUAUUCAGAGUUUCCAGCAUGCUUUGUGGCAACCAGCAAAGCUGUGCACGUCGUGAAGGCUUUGGAGUUCCCAUCAGCCAUUGCAGGUGUACCCAUGAUGCAACACUUCUGCAGUGUGCCUUUGGCAACGUUGCAGCAAAUGGUGGUUGGUCUGUUCGACCAGACUGUAACAAUAGAAAGUACAGACACAAGAGUCACUGUGAUCACUGGUAGCUCAAACAAAACACAGGCUCUCGUAAAGGUGAUAUCAGAAAGCUUUCAGGAGGAACGUAGCGAAAAAGCCAAGGUAGCACGGCAAGAUGAGGAAAGUUUGGGCCGACUGACGAAGCUCUUAAGCAUCACAGAGAACAGAGAGGGGAAGUCACCAGUGGAAAUAAACAACUUUGCGGUCACCCAAGGAGCCAAUCAGGAGCCUUGUAUCGUCAUCCUCACCAACAAGUAUCUGUACAUCUGCAGAGAGGACCACUCCUAUUGGCCAGUGAUCAGACACACACUGUCCGAGUCUUACAAGUUGAGCAGCAUACUGGGUUGGAAGAGAGGGGAAAGUGGGUCGGGCCAGCUUUUUCAGACCUGUACCACAAAGAUACAAGUAGAAAGUACACAAGGACUGGACCUGAAUUUCAGAACGAAGGAACAACAAGCUAGUUUCAUGGCAUCCUUGUCACAGCUAGUCGGCGACAGAGAACAUAAAGCGACGAUCGACAGACCGUGGGAUGAAGCGGAAGGAAGGAUAACAUCUCCCGUAAAGGAAAUACGAACACCCAGCAAAAGCCGCAAACCUGUGAGCAUCGAGGUCCUCUACUCAAGUCCUGAUGUGUUAGACAGACUAUCUGCCAGCAACGACUGUAGAACUCUGAGUGUGAGUGAACCACUGCUGCAGCUGGUAAGUCUGAAGGGUAUGGCGUUGGUGAGGUACUUCCACGACAGGGUGGCCCAGAUCAGCACGGAGACUGAGGAGCUGAAGCACGUGAUGUGGAGCGUGGUGGUCCCACACGUGGACCCCAAACAGGAAAUCACGUCCUGCAUCAUGCUGAGCACGAAAGCCGUGUACUUCCUAUCGGAUGAAUCCAUCUCGAAGAAGAAGGUGAGUCUCGGCGUGCCUUCGCACCUCCGCACGCAUAAGCGAGCUACGUCAGACUACUCCGGAGUGAGGAAACUCUCAACCGCCCACGAAACUUCUCCCCAUUCCAGUGGCAUAGUAGAGCCGGGGACACCUAAUUCCUCAAGAAAAGUGGUGAGGUGCAUCCACACGCAGUACCUGGCCGACCUGAAGCAGGUGACCGUGGGGAUGUUCGACCAGAGUUUCCGCCUGACGGGCGACUCGAGCGCGAACACGUUCGCCUGCAUCACGCGCGACUUCGACGCAACCCACAUCUUCAUCGAGCAGCUGAUGGGCGUGCUGAGUCUGGGCGUUGCCACGACAACGCCGACCCCUGACCUCACCUCCAGCGGAUCCGACACCGAUAUCUACAGGGAUUAUCUAAAAGCUAGGAACAGUGUGGAUGAGUAUGCGCACCCCAGCGGGGUCAAGUUCGUCUACCCUAACGAAGAACUCGUAUCAGAUCUCACCUACCUCCUGGUUGAGAAGAUGCCGGUGCCGAAACCGGACUACACCAAAGUGACCAUCCUGAUGUACAUGCUAGCCUACCAGAUGCAGCGAUCCGACGACGUGUUCACGUUGGGAAAGUUGGAGCCGCGUUCCCUCGUCAUCACGGACACGCACGUGGCUCUCUGUAUCGAGGACCAUGUCAGCUACCCCCUCCCUGACUUCGUCAUCAGCCCCCCGGAAAAUCCCCACCAUGAGGUUCUGGACGUGCAGACCAUUGAGAACCUGAAAAGGGUGGCGGUAAGCGAUGAGUCCCCGCAGGACCUUACACUGGUGUUCCACAACGAGGGCGAUUUCGUGGUGGACGUGGCAAAAGAGUACUUCAGGGCAGACGACAGGAGUCCAGGGACACCGGGAGAUGAGAAUGAGAUGUGCUGGAUACUGAUCAUGCAGAGCGGAAAGGAUCGGGAACGGGUGGUCUCCAUGCUGAUGAAGCAAUGGGGGGACAUCCACGGCAAGGGCCUUCCACUGGUCAAGACUUAGGAAGCUUAACACAGAGUAAAGAGACUCUUUUUACACAACCAAGACUUUUGUUCAGCUGACGUUUCGGUGACAGUCUGUCACCUUCCUCAGGGCUAUUCUGACUGGUUCACAUUGCACU